AGAAGCACAUGUCAUAUAGUGAAUUCAAGAUCUGACACAUAAACAUACACACGCACACACAGAGAUUGGACUCUGACAGCAGAUCACAAAGGCUGUGUGAAAUCUCCUGAAGUGUAAGACUGCUUAGUAAAAUGAGAUCGUUUACCAGUAUUGGUUAUAUGUUUUUGCGUGCAGUAACACGCAAAAUAAACGUGUCCUUCUGCAAGAGACAAUGCGUCCGAAUGACAGCACGCGUUUACUCUGGGGAAGCUGUAAAGGCUGAUCUGAGGAACCUGAAGAGGCUACAGAGGCACUUUGAGAAAAAGCUGCGUUCAGUGUACGAGCAGUUUGCUGAUGUGCCGGACAGCACUGUAUUCCAGGGACUCCAUCAUGUGUAUUUUGUGGAGGAGCAUGUGGUGUACAGAGCAGCACGUGAAGAAGGUAAACAUUAAGGAGAUGAGACACAUGCUGUGCCAGUGCUCGGUACUCAUUUGGGACGUGAUGUGGACGGAUUUGUUCAAAGGGUCAGACUCUCUCCUUCUGAAUCCAUGCUGGCAGCUACACUGAAGAGCAGCCACAGCGAGGUGGCGAGAUGCGUGUUAGUUCGAUUAGAACCCUAUACAGUUCCCCAGGAGCCUGUGCUUAUCCUUGAGAACGUGUUCAGCUUUGAGUGGGCCACUGAUGACGUAUUGUACUACACCACUCAAGAAGGUCUCCAGUGCAGACAUGUUUAUCGACUACACCUUACAGCCACUGGAGCCAAAAGUACACUGGUUUAUGAAGAGAAAGAUCCAGAGUUCUUCGUGGAGAUCAUUCAGUCAAGAGACCAGAGGCUUAUUACUGUAAACUGCAGCAGUAAGAGCAGCUCUGAGGUCUGGAUGAUCGACAGCAAGUCCCCGCUCUCACCCCCUAAACUAAUACAGUCUAGGCAGCCCGGUUUGCUGUAUCACGUAGAGCACUCCGAUAACCAGCUGUACGUCCUCACCAACACUGGCCCAGGCCAUGAGUAUGAGCUGCUAAGGACCCCUCUCUCCUCUCCAGCCAUGUCCUAUUGGGAGCCUGUGUUCAGCCCUGGAGCUGGAGCAGUCAUUAAAGAAAUGGAGAUGUUACCAGACUACUGUGUGUUCACAUUGAGGGGGCCUCAGGGUCGACUCCAAGUACAGACCUUUCCAUUAAAAUCUCCUAAUGAUGUGACCAUUCACCAUCUGCCGUCCUGGGCAUGUGCUGUCGAGACAGAACGCUCUGACCCAUUGAAGAGAAAUUCAUGCCACUUCCUCUUGUCCUCCCCGGUUCAUCCCCCUGUCAGCUGUUGCUUCUCUCCUACGGAUGAGCGACCCCUCUCGUACGAGGGACUGCUUCAACAUGCCGCCCUCUCUGAGUGUCACACCACCCGCCUGCAGGCCAUCAGCCAGGAUGGGACUGCAGUGCCCUUGACACUUUUUCACACUAAACCAUUGGCUGAUUUGAGUGAUGUUCCACUCUUACUUCAUGUGUAUGGUGCAUACGGCGUAGACCUCAACAUGGCCUUCAGUCCUGAGAAAAGACUGCUCCUGGAGGACAACUGGGCACUGGCCUACUGCCAUGUCAGGGGUGGCGGUGAGUGUGGUCUGGGAUGGCACCGAGCAGGGUGUUUGCAGCAGAAGAAGAAUGGGGUGGAGGAUCUCACUGCUUGUAUUCAGACUCUUUUCCAGUCAGGAGUGUCCCAGCCUGCCCUCACUGCCCUCACUGCACGUAGUGCCGGAGCUGUUUUAGCUGGCGCACUGUCCAACUGGCAUCCUCACCUUCUCAGAGCCGUCCUCCUGCAGGCACCUUUUUUAGAUGUUCUUGACACCAUGAAGGACUCGUCCCUCCCAUUAACAGUAGAGGAAAGAGGAGAGUGGGGUGAUCCUCUUGCAUAUACAUCAGACUGGGACAACAUUGCCUCUUAUUGUCCCUGUCAUAAUAUUACUCCACAGUUUUAUCCAUCCAUGCUGAUCACUGCAUACUCAGAGGACAACCGGGUGCCUUUGGCAGGUGUGUUAAAGUAUGUGGAAAAACUCAAGAGGGCCAUCCAGACCCAUAUUAGCAAACUCAGUGUUAAAGGACAUGUCCCGGCUGUCAUUCUGGAUCUUCAGCCAGGUGGAGAUCACUUUGGUCCAGAGGAUUAUGACCAGUCCAUGUGUGAGGUGCAGUAUUCACUCAUUUCUUCUCUUCCCAAUGCCAGAUCAGUUAUUCUUUCAUUUCCAUUUCUUCUGCAGAUUAUAGAUUUGAGGGUUGUAUUUGCCUUAUUUUUAAUCAUUUGACCUGAAAUACCUGAAAUCAGCUAUAAACCGGUGUUUCUUUAACCACUUUUACCUGCAUACAGUCAUCUUUCUUUAAAUAAACUACACUAUAUGGACAAAUGUUUGUGGACACCUGACUAUGUGCUUUCUGAACAUCCCAUUUCACAUUUAGUCUUCAUAUGCUGUUAUAAUAACCUUCACUCUUCUGGGAU